AUGCAACAAAAGUUUUCAGCUUCCACAAUUCUAAUGAUAUUUUCAGCUUCGUUAGCUCCUAUAAUUUUUUUGCCUAAGAACUUUUUAAGUCUUUCAACAAGAUCUUCCUUGUCUAUUUUCCCAUCAUUAUUCGCAUUUAAAAUUAAAAAAAAUCGAAAAUGCUGCUUAUGUCACUUUGAUAAACCAGCUGAGAUGAAAAAUUGUGUCUCAGCCAGGUUAGUUUUUUUCUUGGAUAUGUCAUUAAGUUAUUCAAAGCAGCUUGAACAGGCUCUGCAGUCUGGCUGCGGUUGUAUUUAG